AUGACAGACUAUCGAUUACCGAUUCAUCAAGUACCCCAGCGGAAACCGGUCCCUUCCGCCCAUGCCGGAACUCAGUUUCAGGGAUACAAUAAUAAUGGAUACCAGCAACCACAAUACCAACCUCGGCCGCCACCUCAACCAGUUGCCGCCCACCCUUCAGUCGCUUCCCUUGCGCACAGCCGAAGUCGGACGUCUUCCUCAAAUGCCUUGCCGUACACAGGACAUCAACAGCAGUAUCAACAGCAGCAUCAACAGCAGCAUCAACAGCAGCAUCAUCAGCCGUAUUCUACCGGGCCUUCCCCACAGCACAGCAUGACUGUGCCGUACAACCCCAUGGCAAGACGCUUGUCGAGUGCGACGACAUCCACAGCCUCCACGGGCAACAAUCCGGGCGCGAAUCCUGAUAUACGGCGAAGCUCGUCCGCGCGGUCAGGCAACUCCCAAAGCAGCUAUGUUGCUCUGCUGCGUCGACAGAAGGCAACCGUUUGGUGUGACCGUGCGCAGCCGGAGGAUCCUCGCUUGCGACAACAGAAGCUCGUAGAUAAAAAGCGAGCAUACCUUGAAGUCCACGGUGCAGGCGCCGGGCGUGCAAGUACCCUUGGAAGCGGGAAAGGCAAGCAUGGUUCUAAAGUUACGGACCUUUCCCCUUCUGCACUCGUUGGUGCGACCGUCCCAGUUCGACUAAGUGCCAACGAAGUUGGAGAUGCGGACGAAGAUGCGCACAGUGAGAGGGACUUCCCUUACCGUCGGACUGGAAGCGGACGAAGCUCUCUGGGUAGUGGCCACCGUUACCCAAGUGGCUACCAGCGAAAUACGCAGGGCACUAUGGGCAGUAACAACUCCCCGCCAAACGAAAGGACCGAUCUACCGGGCGUUUCCGAGGAUCCCGCCAUGGAUCACCCACAGGAGCAGCAAGAUGCAGCUCCUGCCAAGGACGAGACUGCCACAACCCAUAGUAGGAACAGUGAGCAAGAAGAUAACUUUGGAACAGUUGGGGAUAUGACCGCCCCGAGUGCUGCGACUAUAGCCGAGCAAAAGGCCAAGAAAGCAGCUGAACUUCGGCGUCGGGGUAGUGUGGACGAUCGAACGACCUCCAUGACCAACGUACGGCUGUUCGUCGCAAACCCAGAUACAGAUAGCGACUAG